AUGGCGAGGGAAGGUCCUAACUGGGAAGGCCUGCUGAAGUGGAGCCUCGCGCACUCAGAUGGCACCAAUUCUUCUCGUAAUUUGAGUGAGGAGGAUAGAAGAUGGUUUAUGGAGGCAAUGCAAGCGCAGACGGUUGAUGUUGUUAAGCGUACGAAAGAGAUAACGCUUGUUAUGAAGGCCCCAGAUGAGAUUUUGGAGUCUCAAGGAGUAACUCCUCAAGAUAUUGAAGAUAUGUUGGAUGAGCUACAAGAGCAUGUGGAAUCUAUUGAUAUGGCCAAUGAUCUUCACUCUAUUGGUGGCUUGGUUCCUCUCCUUGACUACCUGAAGAACUCACACGCUAACAUAAGGGCGAAAGCUGCGGAAGUUGUUAGCACAAUCGUACAAAACAACCCGAGAAGUCAACAGCUGGUUAUGGAAGCUAAUGGGCUUGAGCCUCUUUUGUUGAAUUUUACUUCAGAUCCCGAUGUCACAGUCCGUACCAAAGCACUCGGUGCAAUUUCAUCUCUAAUCAGACAUAACAAGCCUGGAAUUACUGCAUUCCGCCUGGGCAAUGGCUAUGCCGCUCUAAAAGAUGCGCUAAAUUCUGAGAAUUCGAGAUUUCAAAGGAAAGCACUAAACUUGAUCAACUAUCUACUCGGAGCUAAUCCCUCAGACUGUGGAGCCGUUACCGAACUUGGGUUUCCUCGUAUUUUAAUGCACCUCUCGUCCAGUGAAGAUGCUGAUGUGCGCGAAGCUGCACUGAAGGGCCUACUUGAGGUGGCCCAAAAUCGGCCAGCAGCAAAUCCCGAUAGUGGGCCCACAGAAGAAGAUGAGAAACUCAAACAAAUUCUACAGGAGAGGAUUAAAGGGAUUAGUCAAAUGUCAGCUGAGGACUUGAGGGCCACACGAGAAGAAGGGCAGCUUGUGGACUCUCUUUGGAGCAUUUGUAAUGACGGGCCUUGUCCACUGCGUGAAAACGGGCUUCUUGCUCUGAAUGGGGAUGAUGGGCCGCCUCCAGAUGUCGCCAGCCUGCAUUUCGAGCCGCCACUCAGAGCUUGGGCCGCCAAUGGUGGUGGGGAUAAGAAGCCCAGUGGUGAAAAGGACGCGCAGUUGCUUAUAGGCCCGGGCCCGCCCGAGGGAGGGAAGAAGGGCGAAGGAUCUCCAUCUUCAUCUCUUCAUCAGAGCUCACCAUCAGAGCUCAACUUUCUGAAAUCUUUGAUUUUUGAUUCAAUCAGCACGAUGAGGCUCGCAGCUAUGCUUUCGAGGGCAGCGAGGCUUUCGCUCGUCAAGCUACCGUCUCCGCCGCCUGCGGCGGUGCCACCGCCAAAUCCAGUCAGACGCUUCUCCACCGGCAGAGGCGCCUUCACGCCCAACCCGGUCGCCAUUGAGAUGAUAAAAUACGCCGUGUCUCUCGCUCGCGAGCAGAAAACAGAGGAAUCGUAUGCGCGAGGUUUACUGGUAUUGGAGCAGUGCGAGUCGACUCAGCCCGAUGGCAAUUCCAAGGGUUUGGUUGAGCUUGCUCGUGCAACGUUGUUGUGUGAAAGGGGGUCCCAUGAGAGAGCUAUUGAGGGAUUAGGAAAACUUCAAGAUUUAAACUUGUCCUCUAUUGCUAUUAAAGUUGCUGCUUCUGAAGCUCUGGUGGGAAUUUAUCUAGAACAAUAUCGAGAGGAUUCUGCAUCGGCAGUUGCGGAUUUGGCUCUGCAAACUUUAGUAUCAAUCAGACUAGAAAUCGGUGAUGGGGGUGGGUUUGAGGUUCUGGAGGCCCGCAUCAGGGCACUAAAAGGUCUAAUCGAGCUUAUAUGUGGUAACCUUGACUCGGCACAGUCGAUCUUUGAGGGCGCUCAUGGAGAGGGAUAUUUUGUUGGCAAUGCUAAUGCUGCCUUGUGUUAUGGAGAAUAUCUUCACGGCACGCGGAAAUUUUCUAGUGCGAAGAAAUUGUACACAACAGUAAUUCAGUCUUUGUCUCAGAUUAAAGAUUUUUCUGACCCGAACAACUUUGGAGCUUGUAACAUGACCUCAGACGAGGUUUCAAUUGCAGCUGCUUGUGCAUUAGGACAGCUCGAGGCUCAUAUGGGAAACUUUAGUGAUGCAGAGGAGAUUCUUACUUCAGCACUGAAGAAAAUGGAAGAACACUUUGGCCCUCAUCAUCCCAAGAUUGGUGUCGUUUUGACCUGCAUUGCACUCAUGUAUCGGCUGAAAGCAACUGCCGAGCGCUCGAGCUCCCUUUUGGUUCAAGAGGGGCUUUUCAGAAGGGCACUCGAGUUGCUUAAAGCUCCUCCAUUGGAUGUUGAUGGUGCAAGUGAAAAUAUUUGCAGAAAGGAUAUAAUUACGCUUGCAAGAGGUGGGUAUGCAGAAGCACUUGCAGUGCAACAAUCGAGAAAAAUAGAAGCCGAGAAGUUGAGAAAAUGGGCAGAGGGCUCGUGGGGACAUCGGUGGAUGCCACUUGGAGAGGCACUUGAACUAACCGAAACUUCAGCUAAGUUCUUAGUCAUAGAUACUCGGAUAUGCCGGGCAGUCUAA